AAAAAGAGUUACAGAAAUUUCUGACUACCACGACUACCACCAGCUCUAAAGGGUGGUUUCUGACUUCUCUGCAAGACAAAGUCAUUCUAGUUCUAGGAAGAACUGCACCUGAAUCCACAGGGAAUGCACCACAGCCAGAGCUUUGACAGGUAGACUAUGGAUUGCUGGAAGGGAGCUGCAAGCCAUAGCUGGAUUUAUCCCACGGUGAUCAUCUGUGCAAAUGGAUUUUUCACCACAAUGAGGCCAUCAGAAUCUUUCCUCACUCCCUAUCUAACGGGACCAGACAAAAACCUAACAAUUGAAGAGGUUACCAACGAGAUUCUGCCAGUUUGGACAUACUCCUACCUCGCUCUCCUUUUCCCAGUGUUCCUGCUCACAGACUACGUGCGCUACAAGCCCGUGCUCCUCCUGCAGGGCAUCAGCCUCAUCCUCACGUGGCUCCUGCUGCUCUUUGCACAUGGAGUGGUGGCCAUGCAGCUGGUGGAAUUCUUCUAUGGCAUGGUCACAGCCACCGAGGUGGCCUAUUACGCCUACAUCUACAGCGUGGUCAGCACCCAACACUACCAGAGGGUCACCAGCUACUGCAGGAGCGUCACUCUGGUGGCAGCCACCGUGGCCGCCGUGCUGGGACAGCUGCUGGUGUCCUUAGCGCACGUCUCCUACUUCUACCUCAACGCCAUCACCUUGGCUUCCGUGUCCCUGGCGUUCCUGUGCGCGUUCUUCCUGCCCAUGCCCCAGAGGAGCAUGUUCUUCCACAGGAAAGAUGCCCCUGAGCCUCUGCCAGGGCCCGAUAAAGGGCCGGCUGCGGGCGCUGCCCACGGGCCCCGGAGCUGCCGAGAGGAAAGGAGCCCCGAUGCUGCUGCCAGGGGCCCGAGCCCCCAGCCCCAGGCUGGGAACAGCAGGCCCCACAGGCACACGCUCAGCGUGCUGCUGCAGCUGGCCAGGGACCUGAGGGAUUGCUACGGCUCCCGCCCGCUCCUCUACUGGUCCUUGUGGUGGGCUCUGGCCACGGCCGGCUUUAACCAGGUCGUGAAUUAUGUCCAGGUGCUGUGGGACUUCCGAGCCCCCUCCCACAGCUCCCCAGUGUACAACGGAGCUGUCGAAGCAAUAGCAACUUUUUUGGGUUCAGCAACAUCCAUGGCAGUUGGAUAUGUCAAAGUAAACUGGGAUCUCUCUGGAGAACUGGCUUUGGGAAUUUUCUCUGCACUGGAUGCUGGUUCUCUGCUUCUUAUGCACUUCACUGACAACAUCUGGGCAUGUUAUGCUGGUUACCUUGCAUUUAAAGCUUGUUAUAUGCUCCUUAUAACAAUAGCAACGUUUCAAAUUGCUGUCAACCUCAGCAUGGAGCGUUAUGCUUUGAUGUUUGGCUUCAACAACUUUGUUGCACUGGUGAUUCAGACAAUUUUAACUGUUGUUGUAGUAGAUUCAAGAGGUCUGGGACUGGAUAUCAGCACUCAGUUUCUCAUUUAUGGCAGCUACUUCACAGUCAUAGCUGGAAUUUUCCUGAUCAGAAGCAUGUACACCAUAAUUUCAAUCAAAUGCAGAAAUACAAGUGUGGCUGCUGAAAGCACUGCCCCUUAACAACUGAGACAAAAGCAACAAUGUUAUAAGCAACAAUGCACAAGGCUCCAUCACCCGGACAACAAAUCAGGAGAAAGAAAACUUUCAAUCAAGCAAACUGGUUCAGGUUGAAGCAGGCUGUUUAUGAGCCUACUGCACAGAGAGCUUUGUCAACAGGAUGAUGCAUUCGGUCUAUCUUCUUCACCAGCAGUUUAAUACAAACAUUCCUCAGUCUUCUAAUUCAAGUUUAGUCAUCUGACACAAAAACUUCUAUUAAGGCUUAAUAAGCACAAGGACAUCCAGGUGCCUGAACCUCGUAUCAGUGGAACUCACAGAACAACCUUGGCACUUUCCCUUCUAUUGAGUAUUUCAAUUUAAGGCAAUUUAGUUACUGACAAAAGACCAUCAGACAUGCCCAGGGAAUCUAAAGCACUUGUACCAGACAAUGACCUGUCGGAAAAUUUGUCACAGAGGCCUUUAGAAAACUUAACACAUUUUCAACUGGACAUCACAUCUGCUUUACAGAACUCAGGAUGAUCCUGCAAGUGUAGCAUCUUCUUACACUUGUAACAGCUGAUGUUUUAGGAUUGAAGUCUAAUCUAGGAGGUGGCCAUACUAAUUCCUGUAUAAGGGGCCUAAAGUUAUCAAGUGAGGUGCUUUGAUGCUAAAGGAUAAAAAUACAGCUUUUAGGUACCUAGGCUAUUUGCAUGAACAACUGCAGAGAUUUCCAAGAUUAAAACAUUUAAAAUCAGGGUUGAAGAAUUAAUUUUGUAAAUAAGGCUAUUUUUAAAACCUAAUCAACAAAACACUUACAGUGUCAGUUUAUGCUCAAUAACAUACAGAAGACUGAAACAGAAGGCUCGAAACAAUACAAGAUCUUCAGCUUAUCUGGAAUUUGACAAACCUAAAAUCAGUGAACACAGACUAAAAAGGUGUGCUUAGCUAAAAGUUGCAAACAUUUUAUCUGCAGUUAACUCAGUUAUGAAAAAUAACGUAUUCCACUACUUCUACAGCAUAUUCUAAAUUACAUGUCUUGCAUACUUCAAUCAGUUUCAGUAUCUCAGCAGUAAUACUUGGAUUAGAACAAUCUCUAUAGAUGCUGAUCUCAUUAGCCCUUGCCCAAAGCCUAAUUUACACCACUGUAAGUGAAGAGGGCACAAAUUGUUGCUCUUUUGUAACAUUUUUCGUCUCACUGACAAGACAUCUCUUUGAUUUGGUCCAGUUCUCUGCACAAAGCAUUUUCAGGUAUUCCACAAGCCCUGCUGAACCCCUGCAGUUCCCAACUCUCUACUGCAUUUACCUCUUACUAUCCAAAACAGCCAAGGUUGGUGAACAAGGAAGAGUUACAACUAUUUACACUGUGCUAAAAUACAGUGGUGACAGUAAGGGUGUCGCUAAUACCCUGCAAACCUCCAGUUGCUGGGGAUUUGUUCAGUGAACUCCCCAGAUAAUGUUGGGAACUGAACUGAACACCACACUCUGUCCAGCAGUCUCCAUCAGAAACAAAAGAAAGACUUGAAGUCUGUUUUUAAAAUGCCAACAGGACAAAACCAGACAUUUAAAUAUGGAAAACUUACAGGCAGCAUGUUUUAUAAGCUGCCUGUCUCCUGCUUGAUAUCUCCAAAGUUUAAAAAACAAAAAUAAACAAACAGAAAUUACAACCCCCCUAAGCGGGCAACUGAAGACAAAAGCACAAAAAAUUAAAAUCAGCAUAAAUGUUUUUACAAGCAGAGGUCAAACCUUUCAGAUGCCCUAGAAAAACACAUCUGACAUUCAGGCAAUUACAAGUAAAAUCUCUUACCUUGAAGAAUUUUCAUGUUUAUCUCAAAUGGACUUGCACGUCCUUUUUUAAAAAAGUCAAUCUCACCUUAUUUAUUCUUGUUAUCCUGUAAACUGUUAGAAUUUAUUCUCCAGCUGGUAUAGAAACCUUUAAGCUUGCAGUUUAUGUAUUCACAAUAUAGUUACAUUAUUUGCUGAGUUCCAGUACUGAACUUUAGCCAAAUUAUCUCUGUGUAAAACACCAACUACUUUGAUGCAGUUAUAUUUUUCUUCAGCCUUAUCAGUACUACAGAGGAAGACAAGCCAGACACUUUUCCCUCUACAAAUGUCACUCUAGUAUGGCAGGAAAUAUUUCUGUGAAUUGAAAAAAAAAACAAAAAACAAAUGUAAUAUUCCACAGGAGUUGUUACUGAUAUGCAUCAGUUUUUAAUAAAGAGAGGGCUCUUACAUCUGUGCUCCCUUGGUCUGCUGUUACACACUCAGUUCAGACCACAACUAAGGCUUGUUCAGAGCCUGUCAUUGAUGAAAAUCUUCUCUCCAAUAAAUACCCUUCACAGUGCUUCCAGCACGACAGAUACUCUAUCCAAACAAUCCAAACUUCACCUAACACUGCU